CAGCUUGUGGAAAAUCCUGAAGAUGGCCAAAGAUGACUCCACCGUUCGCUGUUUCCAGGGUCUGCUGAUUUUUGGAAAUGUGAUUAUUGGUAUGUGCGGCAUCGCCCUGACUGCAGAGUGCAUCUUCUUUGUAUCCGACCAGCACAGCCUCUACCCUCUGCUGGAAGCUACCAACAAUGAUGACAUCUACGGGGCUGCCUGGAUCGGCAUAUUUGUUGGCAUCUGCCUCUUCUGUCUGUCUGUCCUAGGCAUUGUAGGCAUCAUGAAGUCCAACAGGAAAAUCCUUCUGGCGUAUUUCAUUCUGAUGUUUAUAGUGUAUGCCUUUGAGGUGGCAUCUUGUAUCACAGCAGCAACACAGAGAGACUUUUUCACGCCCAACCUCUUCCUGAAGCAGAUGCUGGAGAGGUACCAAAACAAUAGCCCUCCAAACAAUGACGACCAGUGGAAAAACAACGGAGUCACCAAAACCUGGGACCGGCUCAUGCUCCAGGACAAGUGCUGCGGUGUGAAUGGUCCGUCAGACUGGCAGAGAUACACAUCUGCCUUCCGCGUGGAGAACAAUGAUGCCGACUACCCCUGGCCUCGUCAGUGCUGUGUGAUGAACAAUCUCAAAGAACCUCUCAACCUAGACGCUUGCAAACUAGGAGUGCCUGGUUAUUACCACAAUCAGGGCUGCUAUGACCUAAUCUCUGGACCAAUGAACCGGCAUGCCUGGGGGGUCGCCUGGUUUGGAUUUGCCAUUCUCUGCUGGACCUUUUGGGUUGUCCUGGGUACCAUGUUCUUCUGGAGCAGAAUUGAAUAUUAAGCACAGAAUGUUGUCACCAUACCUCCUAAUGACUCUGGAUUUGGUACUGGAACCCGCUCACUCCUGGUAUCCUGCGUUUGUGCUCCACACACAGUAGCACACACGUGUCUCCCUCAAAUCACCAGGUCGGGGGGUGUGGCCUCUCAAGCUCCACACAUUCUCAUGAAGAGUCUUUUCAUCUUGGUCUAGAGUUCUGCAACAUUUUUAUAGACUGUAGGAAGGAGAGGAUUUGGAAAGUAAAUAAUAACUCCCAUGUCUGCUUAUUUUUACUUUGGGAAUAUAAAGACUUCAAAGAAACUGUGUUAUCACA